ACAUUGGUAGGAGUAACAACGUGUGAAGUCACCGAGUGGACAAUCAACGUAAUAUGAAAUGUCACACUUUACAAAGUUAAGAUGUCACUUUAUAUCUACUAUCUUAUUGUUAUCUGGAUAACAUGUGAAGCUGAUUUUAAGAAUAAACCUUGUUAUUCCGAGGCUGGCAUUGGGUGUGAUGUGUCUUACAGCACUAAACAAGAAUGUGCAAGUUUAUCAGCUCAAUUUCCGGAACUCUACCAGAGAGAGGAUGGACUUUAUCCAGACAAACCUAGCUUGUUUGAUUUGAUACCAAUUGAAGAAAAAUGGACGGACAAAAAUUCAGGCAAACAUUAUAUGUAUCCUGGAGUAAAUGUUACUUUUAAAGUUCCACCAAAUGCAAGUUUCAAGACUGUGAAAGGAUUUGAGCUGAUAGGAAGAACAACCAAUCCAGAUGAAACUAGAUGUUUUGUUUUCUCUUUUAAUGGUUCUCUGUUGAAUGCAAGUACAAAAGAUGGAGAAAUCCAGUUUAGAAUCUGGGCCAUAAUUGUACAGAUUGAGACAUUCUUUGAUUUUGAAGUGUUUAGUCUUCCUAAGCCUCCUGAGAAUGAACUUGAUGGAAUGUCUAUAACAAAGACUGUUACAAUGAAUCCUAGAUUUGAUUUAAGUAAACCCUCAGCUGAUUGGAUAACAACUAUAAGUUUUUAUCCUAGCAGUAUUGACAAGCUGAUAUAUAUCCGCUUUGUGGAGCCUCCUCAACAAUAUAAUUUUACACAGUUUGUUAUUAAAUUGUGGGAACUGGAUCAAAGUAACAAUGAUGUGAAAGUUCUCAAAGAUGUAACAAUAUCACAGUAUGAAUAUUAUUUUCAUGAUGUACCACCAGGGAGAUAUAAAGUGAAAGUUGAACCCAAGAGUACCUUUGGAGAGUGUUUUUGUUUUAAUAGCAAUGGUGUUUGUGUAUCAUGUGCUAAGACAACUACUAGACCUAUCAUUAUAGAAAAUUUAAGCACAUCUGUUACGACCACUUCUACUACAACUACAACUUCUCCAGCCACCACCAAUACUGUCACUGGUCCAGAUACCAGCUUUCCAUCCAGUACCAAUACACCAUCACAAGUUGUUGGUGGGUCAGGCGGUGUGUCAGACCCACCUAAUGCAGAGAAGGUUGUAGCUGUUGUAUUUGGUAUAAUUCUUGGUUUACUGCUGGUAGGAAUACUGGCAUUCAUUGCUUAUAGUAACAGGAGAAAGAAACAUGAUUCAGAAAAAAUUGAAACAGAUUCUUUUGAAGAUAAUGCUCCUCCAACUUCAUAUCUUACUACUGAACCAGCUUCUUAUCAAACUGGAUCUACAGAUAAUGCGUAUCACAUCAACUCUGGAGAUUUGGUCAAGAUACCUACAGUUUUUAUAGUAUGUGCAGAAGAUCAUCAGUAUCAUGUGAAUGCAGUAGAGGCAUUUGCACGAUUUCUAAACUCUCACUGUCAGUGUAAUGUAGUUUAUGCCCCAUGGUGCCUUCAUGAAUAUCUUGAUGGUAAAUUCAGAUGGGUAAUCAAUACAAUUGAAAAGGCAGAUUUUGUUGUUAUUGUGAAUUCUGAAUUGUCAUACCAUCAAUUCAAAUCCUGGAAGAACAAGGGAGACAAACUGUGGAAAUCACCAGAUGGAAGUCAAACUUUUGAUUUAUAUAUGUCGUCUGUCAGUCAGAUUACUAAGCGUAUUUUAAAUGUAAACAAUCAUUUCAAAUGCAUUAUUGUGCAUUUUAAUUACACAGCUAAUGAAUUCUCAUUGGACGAAUUAUGCACAGGAGCUGAGUAUCAGAUUCCAAAACAUAUUCACGAGUUAAUGUGCCAGAUUCAUCAGAUGGAUAAUCGUCGUGCUGGUUACGACAAUAUCGGCUUUUUUGCAGAUCUGAUUGGAUCUACUGCAGAUGGACAGCAUUUGUCCACGUGCAUCAACUGGGCAGCAAAUUUUGAAAAACAAAAUCCUAAUUGGUUUAAUGAAUAUUUUGAAAAUGGUGAGCAGUUUGACUCUGGUAUAAGUAGUCCAUCUAAUUCCUUAGGUGGAGAAACAGGUAUUAAGCGAAGUUCAGAUGGAUCAGCAGACGGUUAUGUUAGAGAUCAUCAUCAAACAUCUCCACCCAAGUACAAUCUCAGGGUGUACAGAAGUAGGGAAAAUUCAUUUGAAGAUAACAAUUUAGUUGAUAACUUUUCUCAACAAGCACUCAGAACCUCAGACCCUUCUAGUGACGAUUUCACUUUUAAACCUCCAAGUGACAUUGAAGAUGAAGACAUUCUCAGUCAGCAGUUGAGACAAGAAAUAUAUGAUCUGAACAGAAGAGCACUAGAAUCUCAAUAUCAAAAUGAUAUUGCACCUCAGUAUCACCCAUCAAUAGUAUUCAGAGGCAUGAGUCAAGAAGAAGAAAUCCUAAGUCUUGGUGGACAGAGUGUUUAAAGUUUUAAUAAUAAUAAUCAGAAAGAAAAGAUCUAGAAAUCCAUGUUUUUUUAUAACUAUUUGUUAUCGUUGAUAUUGCUGCAUGUCAGGUCAAAUUGUUAAUGUGUGUUAAGUCUA